AUGAUUUCUGAUCCCUCUAUACUCGACGAUACAAGCCGACCGCCCCCUCCGGGGUCCUACGCUUUCCCCCUCGUGCUCGUCAUAAUCAUCUGCGCCGGAUUCCUCGCCUACAGACGAAGACAGCGCGCUGAGACGUUCGCCAGAGACACAAGCUACACGACACGGUCUGCGCUGCGGCUUUCUACAGAAGAGGGGCCUUCCGCCCACUCCUUCCUCGUGAACAACGCUUCGACCGACUCCCUUCCCUCGCAUGCCCUCGCCGAUCUGCCUACUCUGCCGCAGGUGCACGAUGGCCUGCCGCCAGGGUCCAGAGGUCCGGAGGCUAGGCUCCACUCACGCUCUCCAGACCAAGUUUCAGCUCAGAAGUCAUCCACGAGGCGAUCCAUCCGGGUCAGGCCUCCAAUAGAGGACGACAGUGACAGCGAAGGCGAAUCCCACGAACCUGCUCAUGGCCCACGCCAGACAUUUAGCAUAGAAUAG